AUGGGGAACACUAUAUAUAGUAACAUAGGACAUAGUACAACAGAUCUAGAUGAUAUAUAUUGUAAAUAUGUAAAUAAUUUAUACAACAUUUACAAUUAUUUAUUUAAGUAUGAACAUUUUUUUUUUAUGAAUUCUUACACCUUAAAUAAUUUUUAUCAUGUUUUAGAAGGAAUUAAUAAUAAUGAAGGCCAUGUUUUAAUAAAAAUAUGCAAAUUAAAAAGUGAAGCUCAUAAAAUAAAAAGAAUAUUAUACACACUGAAAUUCCUUUUUUCUUUUGAUUUAUUUCCAAAUGUUUUGCCUUAUAACCGAAUGAGCGUUUACGAAAAUAAUAUUUAUAUAUACAGAAGAUUUAUAUUUAAAAACUUAGAUCAGUAUUUAUCUAGUGAAAGAAAUAAUUAUAGCUUUUAUUAUUUUUUUAUAUUUCAAAUAUUCUUAUCUGUUAUACAACUACAUUCAUUAGGUGUUUAUCAUGGUCACAUAAAAAGUGAAAACUUUCUAAUACAAAAUAAUAUGCACAUUCUUAUAACAGAUAUUAAUAUUUUGAAUAAUUAUCUAUAUUUUAUUCCUAAAAUAAGAUACAAAAAUAAAAGGAAAGGAAGAUUAAAAAAGCUACAAGAAGAUAUAUUUAAUUUAGGUUUAUUAAUAUUAGAAAUUUUGCUAAAAGAUAAAAGUGUAUCUUACUUAUUUUUUAAUGGAAAUUUUGAUGGUAACGAUGAUAAUUUUUAUACCGAAACAAAAGAAAAUAAGAAAUUAUACCUUACAGAAGAUACAAAACGACAAAAGUUUGAUAAUUAUAAUUUAUCAAAAAAAAAAAAUAGUGAAAAAUUUUUUCAUGCCCUAUCUUUACCAAUUAUUAAUAAAAGAAUGAAAAAUGAAGAAUAUGAUUAUUUCAAAAAAAAUAAAGAUGUAAGAAUGAAUAUAGAUAAAUACAGAUACUACAACUAUCAUUAUAUUAAUAAUAUUAACUACAUAAAUAUUUAUAAUGAUAUUUAUAAUAAUGUAACUUCUUAUUCUGUAAUUGAAAGUAAUAACGAAAGUUGUUCAUAUGGUAAUGAUAAAAUUCUUAAAAGUAAAACCAUAUUACAUAAUGAUAAUGAAAUUGAUGCAAAAGAAGAUAUUCAUGCACAUAGUGAUUUUGAUGUUUUGAAUUCCAAAAAGGAAAUAAAAAAUAAAGUGUUACAUAAUUUGAAUUUUCAGAAAAAACAUGAUUUAUUUUCUGAUAAUUCUUAUAUGUUACUUAAUAAUUUGAAAAAAAGGAAAGAUAAGAAAAGUCAGAAAUAUAAAAAUAAUAAAGUUGUACCAUAUAAAAUAUGGAAGGUGGUAAAUUUAGUAAAAAAUCCUUUUAUUAUAUAUUCUCUUAUUAAUCAUUUUUUUAUACAAAAAAAUAAUAAUAUAUUUAAAAUAUUCAAUUAUUGGUCCUAUUAUAUAUUUCCAAGCACAUAUAAAUAUGUUUUCUUUCCUCUUUCUAUACUUCAAUUACAUCCUUUAUUUAAAAAUUCUAAUUUCUUUAUUUUGCUAAUACAUUUUAAUUUACCAUUUAUAUUAUUUCAUUUAGAUAUUUUUUCUGAAAAAGAAAAAGAUAAAUACAUCCUAUUAAAGUUAAAUGCAAAAAAUAGACAUGAUUAUUGUAAAAAUAAAAAUUACAAUGUAUUUGAUAAAAACUGUGUAAACAGAGAUUCAACAGAUAAAAAUAAUAAUAAUCGGAGUAGUUAUAAAAAAUUAUUUUAUUAUAAAACAAUUGUCAACUUAUUUACUACUAGUGUAAAUGAACAUCAAAUGAGAACAUAUAUUGUUGAUACAAAUUUAAAUAAUCAAUUAAAAAAGCAAAUUUUGCAACAAUGGAUAAAUUACAAAAAAAAAAAAAAAGAAGAAAAGAAAAAAUGUUACCACUGUAAAAGCUACUUUCCAUUUCCUAUUCUUUCAUACAAAAAUACUCAUUUAUUUUAUAAAAGGUUUUUAGAAUUUUACAAAUUCAUAUAUUACUGUAUAUUUUACAAAGAAAAAAGUUAUAUGGAUGUUUUCGGUUAUCUUGAAUUUUAUAAAAAAAACAUUUAUUUACCCCUAUUCAACGAUUUUUAUUUUAAAAAAAGCACUUCUUAUGAAAAUAAAAAAUUACAUAAAUGGUCCUUCAAUCAAGAUAUAUAUAAACUAGUGAAUAUUAUUAUAUCCUCAUAUAAUUCUAUAUCAUAUGAAUCCAUUAAAAUAUUAGCCAUAGAAAUAAUAUAUUGCAUUAUUUGUCAUUUAAGUGACUGUACAUUAAACAAAGAAAUAGUAUCUUUUUUAUUAUAUUGUUUUAAUAAUUCAACUAAUAAAAUUAAAGUUCUUAUAUUAAAAUGUUUUUACAAAAUAAUAAAUAAUGCAAAUACAUAUGAGCAUAUGCAUAUAUACGUUGAAAAAUUUUUACCAAAAUUUUAUUUGCUAAAAAAUAGUGAAAAUUAUGAAAAAUAUUUUUAUGCAAAAUAUUUACCACUAUUUUCUUUUAUUACAAUUCAAUACAUAUAUAAUGCAAGUUUAUUAAAAAAAAAAAAUAAAACUAUAGAAAAUACUUUAUCUGAAGUUAAAUAUAUGGAAACAUUAAAUGAAAUAAGGAACCAAUUAGUUUUUCUUCUGAACUGUUCUAAUGAUGAAAUUUUAUUUGAAUUUUAUGAAAAUAUAAAUAGAUUUUGUAAAAUUAUGAACAAAAAAUGGGUUAAAAUUUACAUAUUACCAUAUUUAUUAUCAAAUAUUUACAACAGUGAAAAUAAAUUCAUAAGAGCCAUGUGUGCAAAAACCACAAUUAGAAUAAUAUUUUACAUAAAUCAAAAAAAGAUUUAUAAAAAUUUUAUUGAAUAUUUAAAACCGUUGUUUUUUGAAAAAAAUGAAUUGAUGCUAGAAUUUAUAUUGUGUGAAUGUAACUUUAUAUUAAAAAAAAGUUACAAAAAAUACCAUGCAAAAAGUCAAAAGGUGUGGAUAUUUUUCAAAAAAAUUAGAUUAAAUCAUCUUUUGGAUCAUCCUUCUGGCAUAAUUAGGAAUUUAGUUCAAACAAUAAAUAAAAAUUUACAAAAAAUAGUAUGUUAA